AUGACGAUGAUGAUUCAGCGCGUGAACGCCAACUCGCCGGCACAGGCCGUGAAGAGCCGCGCACGCGGGCCGACGAUUACGCAGCUGCGUGCCAAGCAGGCCGCUCUUGUGGCCGCAUCCGAGCUCGCGGCUUCGAGUGAUGCCGAGGCGAGUGUGGUAAGGCACUCGCCCGUUGACGAAGCCAAGCGGUGGGCAAGCGGCAAAGGCCGCAAAGUGGGCUUCGCAAAAGCACGUGCCACCUUCCGUGGCGGCGGCACGGGAAUCGCGGCGACGGCGGCGAAGCACGACUCGCUCAUCAAGAAGGCCCGCUGGCGCGGCACGGCUCUCCGCUGGGCCUGGCACUGGACGGCGACAAUCGUGGGCGCCAGGCACUCGCUCGCCACCGCCAUCACGAGCGAAGCUGCACAAGCAGGCGCGUGCGCUCUCUGA